AUGGAGAAACACUCUGAUAGCCCGAAGUUGCGUUCCAAUCCAUUCGAGGAUGGCGAAGGAGGCUCCUACGAGCUGAGGGAAGUCGCCCUCAAGGGCUCUCCAAAGCCGGCCCACAACCAGACCUCCAAUGGCUACUACCUGCAAGCACAGGAUGGAAAUGGCGAUUCCAAUUUUGAUUUGCACCUCGACGAAGAUCCCCUUCAAUUGCACUACGAUGGCGAGAGAGAGGAGGAAGACGAAAAGGAAGACGAUGGAAACGACGACUUUGACGUCAUCACCAUUGAAGAGGGUCAUCGCAAGCACGGCGCGCCCAUGACGCUAGAUGAAGAGGCGCAGUAUAGGAGCUGGGUGCGCUGGGCCAUCAUCGUGUCGUGGGCGUCGGUCGUCAUCGACCUUGCGUUCGGCUUCAUCUCUCUCUUCAUCGCCAUCGCCGACAAGAGCGUGGGCAUAUUCGGGUUUUCGCUGGAGAACUUCUUGGACGUCGUGACCUCGCUCCUCAUCAUCUGGCGCUUCGGCGGGUUCAGCCGAGAGGAGCUGGUCGUGGGCGAUCCCGUCUAUGACGAUAAGAUGGAGAAGAGGGAACAGCGAGCGGAGGUGCUCAUUGCGCUUCUGUUCGUCUUGCUGGGCGGCCUCACCUGCUUGAUCGCCCUCAUCGUACUCUACGAGAAGGAAUCGCCCGACGACGUGAUUGCCGUGAUCAUUGUGGCCGCGGUGUCCAUCGUGGUGCUGGCUGUGCUGGCGGUGGCCAAGUUCCGUCUCGCGACGGCCCUCCACAGCCAAGCGUUCCGCCAGGACGCCUGGGUCACCACCAUUUCCUGCAUCCUCUCUGUGGGCUUGCUGGCCGGAUCGGUCAUAUACCACAUUGACAACGACAUCUGGUUCAUCGACUGCCUGGUCGCGCUUCCGCUAGGCGGAGCGUUGUUGAUCUACGGCCUCAAGACCCUCUGCACGCGACAGUGGUGGCAGCCCCACUUCUGGGGCUACUACCAGACCAACGCGCCCAUCAACUGA